AUGGCCGACGUUCCUGUGGUGCAGAUCCUCGACAAGAACAAGAAUUGGUCGCAGGCCAUUGUCUCCCUACCUGGCGAGCUUCCUCUGCCACCCCUGGCCGACUCGUCGCUCCGUGUCCGCACAGAGAUCUUCUCUCUCACCUCGAACAACUUCACUUACGCCAAGCUCGGCUCCCUGCUCGGCUGGUGGAACUUCCAUCCGCUGCCCAAGUCCACGCCCGAGCCGUACAAUAACCCGGCCCUCUACGGCCGCACCAACUGCUGGGGCUAUGGCCGCGUGCUCGAGUCCACGUUCCCUUCAGUGCCCAAGGACAGCUAUGUCUUUGGUUACCUGCCCAUCGGGACCUUGCCCAUAGACUUGCAAGUCACCUCGGGGCGGAUAAAGGGGUGGGUCGUCGAGAACAGCCCGCACCGGGUCGACCUGAUGCGUGUAUACAACGACUACCGCGUCUACCCAGCCACUCCAUCGUCAUCAUCACCAUCUGCCUCGCCCAUGUCCGCUUCGUCAAUCGCCCGGCGUAUCGGUGAGAAGGAUGACGAUCUCGCUCUUGAUGCCCUGCUCGGCAUCGUCCACGGCAUAGGCUAUCUCAUGAACAACUACAUCUUCCCGCAGGACCCAGCCAAGCUGUGCCACCCGAGCCGGGGGCCGGCAGAGGCGAACCCGCCCUGGGCCUUCCCGGAGCAGGCAGACCUCACCGACGCCACGGCGCUCAGCUUCGCCCCCGGCGCAAAGACGGCAGUGCUCUUUGCGCACCUGCUCAAGUAUCAGCGCCGCGAGGGCACGCGGCCGCGCCAGGUCAUAGGCGUGACGUCCGAGUCGUCCCGCCCGUUUGUCGUGACGACGGGACUGUACGACGACGUCGCGCUGACGGGCGAGAACCCGGUGGACGUGGUCACCAAGCGUCUCGGCGUCGACCCGGCAUCAAGCAGCAACAAGGUCGUCGUCGUCGACUUUGGCGGCCGCCGCAACGUCGCCGCGGACUGGGUCGCCGCCCUGCGGCCCGUCCUGCCGAACCUGGUCUUCUUCGUCGUUGGCGGUGCAAUCCCCGAGCCCACCACCGCCGGCGCCGGUGGCGACGACGGCAAGGACUUCAAUGUCACCGCCUCCUUCAUGGAGACGGCCCAGCGGAACGCCAUGCUGGGCGCCGAGAAGUACCUCGCCGAGUCGCGGCAGAGCUGGGAGCAGGUCCGCGAGCGCGGGAUCCGCGGCUUCAGCGUGAAAUGGGGCCAGGGCAUGGACAGCGCGCGCGAGGGCUGGGAUGCUCUUGCUCGCGGAGACGUCCUGCCCGAGGUCGGGCUGGCUUUCAAGCUCUGA